AUGGACGCCCAUAUGUCCGUUGCUGGCAUGAACGCCUCAUCGUCGACAAGUUUCCAAUCAGACUUGCUCACCAGAAUUUCACCGACUUCGAUCUCUGGUCCGGUCCUCUUGGGCCUCUUCCUUGGAUAUGUUGCUCUUUGUUCUCUUCUUCGGUUCUCCCGCAUAAACUCCCUUCUUUCCAAGUAUGGGUUCCACGAUCGUGCUUCUUUAAGUCGAAUGACAAACCAAGAUGCCUUCGAAAUUGUCAAGACUAUGGCAAACCUCGAGUUUCCACUUCUCUACGAUCUUGCCACUCGGUUAGCGUUGUUUGAGACUUAUGCCGUGCAAAACGUUGGACAUGUUCUCUAUGGUGGUAGCGAUCUAGCUAUUACUGCGAAAGCCCCCAAGAGAUAUGCAGACACUGAAGUCGUCUAUCUCUGCUUUGCAAACUUUGCGCCUGAUUCACCAACUCUUAGCAAGGCGAUUGCGCGUACAAACUUCCUGCACGCACCGUACAUCAAAGCCGGCAAGAUCAAGCAAGAGGACCUCCUCUACGUACUUUACGCCUCCUUCGCCGAGCCCGUUAGAUUCCUCAACCAGUAUGAGUGGCGAAGUCUUACCGACAUGGAAGUGGCUGCUAUUUCCACUCUGUGGAAGUACGUUGCUGAUAUGAUGGAUAUCGACUACAAGACUAUCCUCAAUAAGACUGAGUGGACUGAUGGCAUUGAGUUCUUGGAGGAUGUGACACGUUUCGCAUCGGACUAUGAGGACAAGUACUUGCGCCCCACGAAAGAGGUUCAGAAGCUCGGCGACGUUUUGAUGGAUAUGCUGUUGGAUUCGUAUCCCAAGUUUGCUGCCCCUGUCGGGUAUCCAGCAGCCUGUGUUAUCAUGGGACCUAGGUUGAGACGAGCAUUUGGCUUCCCGGAGCCAGGAUUGGGCGUCACUGUCCUGACUUACAGUCUUUUGCUUGUUCGGAAGAUUGCUGUCCGGUUCUUCUGUCUUCCUCGUGCUUCCGGUGUAGAGUUCCUCUCCCAACCAGACGAACAGACAGGUCGCAUCACUACUCGCCAUUACAUGAAGGAGCCUUAUUACGUGCCCGCUACAUUCUGGCAGCGCUGGAACUUUGAGGCUUGCAUUACUCGGCUUUCUGGUGGACUACUCCCUGGUGAUGGUGGCGCAAAGAUGAAGCCUGAAGGGUUUCUCUUUGAGGAUAUUGGUCCUGAAAAGGUUGUUGGCAAGGAGUUAUUUGAUUUUCAAUCACCCAUCCGAUCUUUACACACAGUCACACACAAGUUUCUCAUUACUGCCGUAGCAAAAUACUACAUUAAGUGUGUCAACUGUUCAAAACUCAAGUGUUACAUGGAGGGUAUCUGUCACACCUUGACUCCUUACGUCACUAAUUUGGCAGCCAUCGCCACGCUUCUUAUUCAGACAACGUCUUUUUCAUUGAUUCAUCCAAAGCCAAUUUUCAAGAACAAUCACAAAAUCUCAAAACGUACGAAAUUCUUCAAUACUUACCAUACUCCUUGUGCACGGCCAACUCCAAAUACCACUGAUAUGCCUCCCAUUACCCUUCAUACCUCGAGCCCCAUCGUGGCAGCAAAACCCGAUGGUGUCACUCCCAAGACAGCUGAAUCAGGCGACCCUGGAGUGCCUUCCAAUGUACCAGCAAGCAAUGAAGCACCUACUUCCACCUACCCGGCAGCUCAGCCAGGAGCGCGUCCGUCCAUGCCCGCUCCAACCGGAGCACCACAGGCUUUCGCACCCGCCCAGCCGACGCCGACUCGGACUACUAUGAACACUAGCCCUCCAGCUCCGCAGCCCGGCGCAGUCCCGGUGCCGCCAAAUGGAUCUCAACUCCCACCGCCUCCCAAGACUGGAGAGACACUACGUGAUACUCAGAUGCAGCCUACGCAAAUGCCUCCUCAGAUGUCCUAUGCUCCCAUAUCUAGUGGAUCGGAGUUCACCGCACCUCGUUCAUCAACGGUAACGGCGGCUGGCCCGUCACCGAUGGCUGGCUUGGGCCCAACGGCCGUGCUGGGCGGAACAGGCGGUAGCGACUUUUCUCACCCACCUGGCUACCACCAGAACGUGCACGCAUCCGAAUUCACCAGUUCUCAGCGCGCUGCGCACGAAGCUUCGGUGUCCCAGGAACGCAGACCAUCAUUGGUAGGGGAAGACGAGGGCGAGGGAGUCUGGUCGACCGCCAAGAAGUGGGCUUCGGCUGCCGGCGACAGUCUUGCUGCAGCUGAGCAUGAAGUUUGGAAGCGAAUCAACAAGGACUAG